AUGUCGAGUCUGGCCGGGGCGACCACGCCCGUGAAGCAGAUUACGCCAGCCACAGCAACCGACAGCCCUGGCACGUGGAGGCACCCUCGACUCGACGAAAUCACAAGACGUCGCGAUGCUACCAACUUCUCGGAGAAGAAUGUACGGCGGAUUGCCUACAACAUUGUCGCCCUGCUGGCUAUGUGGUCCCUACAGCUACUAGCCAAGUUCAAACUAGACGCGCAAAUGUUGCCCAAGCCAUUCCGAUUAUACCUCGGCUGGGCGUGGUUUCUUGCCCAGCUCCUCCCCUUCAUCCAGAUUGGCAUGGCAUGUCUGCCGCUCAUUCGGCCCAAAGACGAGCUUUCCGAUAUCCCGUUGACGGCUACCCAACGAAAAUUGCUGGGUCUCGAUCCGUCAGUCAUCCCACCUACACCUGACGCAAAGUUCAGCACCCCACCGCGAUAUUCGCGAACGCCAUCCAUUGCGGGUUCUGUGGGAAGCAGAGCCAGCUAUCCUGCCUCCCCUCUGGAAGGCCGAGGAAGCCCCAUCUCAAACUCUCUUGUUCAGAGUUUUGGUGGCUCAGUCUCCCCAUUCUCUCCCAUUGGGAGCCCUCUAUUCCAAAGUGUCAACAGCAUGAGUCUUAAGAGGCCAUCCUUUGGGUCACCAGGCUCCUUCGGUGCGAGCACCUCAUCCAACAUCUUCUCCGACCCUACCUCACCAAGCCCAUCGGGAGGCAAGAGGACGAGCAUUGGGCUUAAUAAUAAAUGGCUAUACGAGAAGGGAAGAAGGCCAUCGGGUAGCACUUGGGCUCACUAA